ACGUGACCCAAGCUGACCCCGUGCCAGCCAAUAGGAUUGUUCGUUAUACAUUGCAACUUCCCAUCAUCCCUCGCGCACGAUGGCGACAGAAAAUGAGCUCCCUGGACAAGGUAUUCCAAGGAUAGUUUUUCCUAUUAUGGGCUAUACGUCCACUGGACCAGCAACCAUGAGUAACAUCAGUAGCUCUGCGCCUAGCUUGUCCGGUGGCCACCCAGGUCAGUUGAUUGCACAGUCUGUUCCCUCCCAUGCUGGACCAAUGAUCUCCCCUGGGCCUUACGCUAACCAGACUGAGCCUGGGGUCUCACCAGGACACAGAGGGGCGCCUUUUGGACCGUUCACGGCCCCUGUCAUGUCCCAGCCUUACCAGUAUACAAGCAUAUCGGGCCUGUAUGCAAAUCCUUCUCAGCCCAACGUGUCUCCGUUUCAGCCAAAUACAUCUUCCGUGAAGCCGAUCGCACUUGCACAUCCACCUCCAGCCCAUCAAGGUGCUAACUCAUCUCAGACAAACGCAAGUUCAUCACAGCAAGUACCAGUUACCAACACACCUCCUGUUAACACUUCCUUGCCGGGUAACAGUACCCAUCCGCCAUCCACUAACACUGUGUCCAGCUCCCACAUGGGCACCAGCAGUCACAGUGGAAGAAACACACCAGGGGCAUCCAGUAGCAGCGACCAACCAGAAAACAGUUGUCCCCAAAGCACAUGCACAAGCACCCCUCCAGUGACCAGUGGCCCACCUUUUUCCAACUCCCUCUCCAGUAGUUCCACUGCCCCCUCUGUGUCUGGUGCUCACCCUAAGUCCAAGCCCAAGGCGGCAGGUACUUCCUCACUGCCAUCUUCACUUCCAUCCCUGGACGAAUUCACAGUGACAAAGCCCACUAAUGAAAGGCAGAAUUUCACAAAUGACGUCGCUAGGCAGCUCUUUGAUGAAGAGUACAAGAAGUUCAGUGGGAUUGGUGAGUUCAAGGCGUAUGUCUCUGAACAGCAACGAUGGCGCUGGGAUAUUCACAACAACGUGUCGACACUUGAGACACGCGUUAAGAACUUGAUGUCAAACCCCAAUAGUGGAGUGGCACAGAAUGUCACCCGCUACAAGACAAUCCCCACAAAUGCAAAGAGUGAAGAUGUCAAGCGGUGUGAAGCUACGGUGGUGACCAUGGAUGCAAUGGUGAACAGAGUUGCUACAUCUAGGACGGAGCUCUUGCACCGUAAGGGUAAUUUGCUGUCCAAGAACGUCAAUGCAGAACCCUGCAGUAACGAGUUCAAGUUUCUGGAAAACUGCUUCUCUCGGGUGGAUCUCCUCUACACCACCCUCAUCACCACGAGGGCCUGCGUCAACCAGACACUGGCCCACCUGCGGCAGAAUUUCUCCCAGGAGUCGGCUGCAGCUGCCGAGGUCCGCAGGCUGAAACGCCGCCGAAAGGAAAACCUGCGUAAGAAGCGGAAGAGGAAGGAACAGACCCUGGAGAAGCGGGCGUGCGAGAUUCUCCUGAAGAUCACCCAGAAUGGGGUCCUGGAGAGAGUUUGGAGCAACCCAGAAGGCCAGAGAGUCUCGGCAAAUGAAUUGUUGCACAACCAGCUCGACGCGCUCAAAUCUGUCAAUGACGUGGAGGCUCUACAGCUGAUUAUAUCCAGGGGAUACUUGGAUCCCUCUGCUGUUGAUGUUGUGUCAAGGAAGAUGAUUUUGCUACAGAAUGGUGUCAAAUAAUUCCCAGCACUCUCAAGAUGAUGUGCUGUACAUCCAUAUUCCACCUCAUUUUCUAGAGCAUAGGUACUGUACAUGAACUCGUACAUGUAUUGUGGUCUACAUGAAACUCCACUUCAGGUUGAGUUAUUUGUCUAAAAUGAUGAAAGGUAUUCUGAUUUAAAUCUUCAACUAUGACACAAGUACACAAUUUUUUCAUACAUGUAUGUAUACUUUGGAAAUUUUCAUCCAAACUUUCUACACGUGACAGACACAAAUUUCAAGAGAGAUUCAUUUCACUAAGGAAGUGGACUCGUCACAUGCUUUUGCGUUGGUUGUAAGAUCCUGAAGCUGAACUUUUUGGGGGGGGGAGAGGGGCUUAGUAACAAGUGUAUUCAAUAGUUGGAAUUUGAAAAGAAAAUAUAAUGAAAUUCUUGCCAUCUUUGAAUUGUGUGCGGUGCAUUCAGCAAAUGUUUUUAGCAAAGCCUCAUUCAAUUUAUGCUCAAAACAUUUAUGUAGCUUUCAAAGCGUACUUGCAGGUGUUUGGAUUCAGUUGAACAUAUACAGGGUUAGGGCUGUACUUUGAAAGCUGCGUGAAUUGUACACAAGCACCGGCUAUUGUGUUAUUUACUGUAGAUGUACUUUCUGCAUUUUUCUAUGCCACAAUACAGGUGUGUUUGCUUAUACCAUCUUGACAAUGCGUAGUGUUUUCUAAAAGCCUGCAAGUCGAGAAAAGUCAAACCCACUUCUCUUCAAUUCUGUGAUACUUGUGUAUCCAGAAACUGGAAACGAGCAGAGAAAUCUGGUUUAGGUUUUUAGGGAAAGUAGUGAUCGACGAAAUAUAAUUUCAAAUGCCCUGGCUAGCUCUUCAUUUAGGGGGCAAUUACCUUUGGAAAUUCUGGCAGGACUUAAAUAGGGCAUUCCCAGUCCCCAUGAAGACUUUGUCCCCAUAAUAACUUUUAUCAACAGGUGUGUAAUCCCCAUGUCUACAUGUAGGGAACAUACACAUGUAUGCCUGUACUGAUGUGUGGGGUGAUUGGUUUCCAAUAAUUUAUACAAUCUACGCAAAGAAGGGCAGCCUUCCUUCCCUCUGACAUAAGUUGGCUAUUAACAGAAAUAACAUGAUCAAGUAAUUUGUAAAUGAACUAGUUAAAUAGUUCAUAGAAGGGGGAGCAAAAAAGGUAGAAUUGCUUAUGUAUAUAUAUGUACAUGUUAUACAAAUGAUGAGGUACGUGAGUCAUUACUAGGUAACAUGUAUUUUUGUGUUGAAAUUAAGUUGAAUUUAAAUUAACAAUAUUUACAGGGUGUGUAUGGUUUUGCAUGCUGAAUUCGCAAAUAUAUUAUUUGCAAGAAGACCAGAAAUAAUUUUGAUUAAAGGUGAAGUUUCCUCAAGAUAAUUUGGGAAGAAAUAUUGGAGGGAUAAGUACAUCAUACCUCACACAUUCAUGCAUUGGCCCACUUUAUAUAACUAGUUGUUAUAGCUCCAUGGCAUCUAAAAGUACACCUGAACUCUUGGAAUAAAACCUGCUUUUCAGCAAAAAAAACCACCUGUUCAAACUUGAAACACUUGGGAUAACUGAGGACCUAUGAAUGUUCCUUUAUAGCCGCAUCACCCACAUGCAUGGACACUUCAGGAACAGUAUAGUAUUUCUGGCCGAGGAGACAGCUGAUUUCAAGUGGAUAUAUGCCUCGUUUUCCAAAGGAGUGCUCUAAUAGAAGAGGAACAUUCCAAGAUGUUGAGAUGCUCCCUUACAGUCAUAUGGUCCUACAUGUACAUGGCACCGCAGUUGCCAAGUGUGGGCUUGUGUGCCAUAUUUUAGCUCCAUUCAUUCAUUGCACAUGAUGCCUUCAAGUACAUGGAGGUGCAGACAGUUACAUGUACUCAACAUGCUGAGUUGCGUCUUUGCCUUUGGAGCACAGUGUAUGUGAACUUAUUGUGUUUUAAACAUACCUAAUAUCAUUUGCCCUCUGUCCAUUGGCCAUCCAUCUAUUCCGCACUGGUAUUGUAGAUUCACGACACAUCAGCUCACCAGCUACUGUAGUUGCCUAUUGUACAUGUACCUCCAACUCUAUGACCCAUAUACGAGGCAUUUUGCCCCAAGUCUGACCAUGUAACAAUAGUCUUGAUUAGAAGUGAAUCCUUUUGACAGUCGCCCAUGGUUUCUAUUAGCAGAGAGGAUUUCUUAGGAUUCAUUUUGACUGGUAACAUAGUUGUGUUAAGCAUAACUCCAGGAAAAAAAAUAUACCAAGUUCUGGACACAGAACUUCCCUUUUAAGCUUUGGGAUUGAAACGCAAUACCAAAAUGUAAAUAGUGCAGAAUGACAGCAGUAUUCCAGGCAGUGUCUGUGAGUGGUUUAGUUUAUUAGCGAAAAACUUUACAUUUAUAUUAAUUGUGAGCUUAUUUAACACAUUAAAUACAUAGUGUAAUGUAAAUACAUUUAUUGCUUUUUAGUUUUGUUUUUAUUUUUUCGGAUCAUGAAAUUUAAUAUCAGUCUAUUAGUGUCACAAUCCAAACCACAAACUUAAACCCAAUGAUGUAAGGGCUCUUCAACUCUGGAAUUUCAAAGCUGAAAUAACAUCUUUUUGAGGUUAUUCUUUUUUCUUUUCAUUGCUCCCUCGGAGUUUUACAACUUGCUUCAAUUGAUAAGGUUCCUUGAAGGUGCAGUUGACAGCUGGUCUUCAUACUUGUACUUAAAUUAUCUGGAGUUAGACAUACAUGUACACGUACGUACAUAUAGAAAUGCUGAUCUUUUUUUUCUGGUGUAUUACUCAGAUUUAGUCUUAUUUGAGACACAGUUUUAUUUAAUAUUAAAAAAAAUGAACAUAUAAAUGUACUGUGAAAUUGGUUUUUAUGCUGUUUUUUUCAUAAGUGAACGUCAACACUCGGAUGCAUUCUAAGUCCCCUUUGAUCAGCUUUCAGGAUGUUUUACUAAAAAGGAAUUGUGUGUUUUGUGAUGAACAUGUGCAUGUAGUAGUGGUGUUAUGGAAUAUUCAGAAUACUGCCACACCCAUGUCUAUUUUGGCAAUAUUUUCAGACAUGCACUUUAAACUUUGUAAAGUGAAACAUAAAUUACCCUGAAGUCUUGGUCAAGCCCAUGGCAUUACAUGUGCCUCCAGAUCUUUAAUAUUAGAAACCAUGUCAGUUUUGAUAUUAGUUGCUUUAACCAUCCGAAAACACUGCAGUCAUUUCUUGUAACAGCCCAAUGAGUCAGGAUAAUGUAUUUAUUCGUAGAAUUGUUGAAAUGAUUGUUUUUGCAAUUUGCAUGGUCUUUGUAACUUUGCCUGUCAAGGAAGUGGAUUUUGUUACAUUAGGAUUUUCAGAAUCGAUACAUUUUCCCCAAUAUCCAAACAUGUUAUUACUACAUGUAUUUGGUUUAAUGCUAGCUACAUAUGUUCACAGGAAAUGUCUCUUAAUUUUUUGAUAUAGAUAUAAGCAAAGUAACUAACUAGACUAAAGAAGUGCUUUGUAUGUUAAAUUUAGAAUAUUCUAGUUUGUAAAGUCAGGAGAACUGUGAUUCAGUAUUCUAACAAAUGUUCUGCAUUUCUUUUACUGAGUUGUUCACCAAGUGUACAUACCUGUAUGUAGAACACCAACGUUGCCAGAACCUUUAGAGGUAACAUUUAGCUAUUAUUUUUAUCGUCUUUGGCUUCCCAUACAUGUAUGAAUAAUUCAUGCCACUGAUUGUACAUGUAGUUGUUCCAGAUGUCUUGUGCUAUUCACUGUUAUGUACAGUAUUCUGUCUGAUUUUGUUGCUGUGAACACUGUAGAGAUGGUCACGUUUCCUACUGUUUAUUGAAAGUUGUUAAUAUGUACAUUGAUCAGUGUACACUGUCAGGUUUGGACACUUGUAUAACAUUUUCGUUUUUCUGUUUCCUUUUAUCACCUGAUUUUUCCCACCAUGUUGUUUAACAAUGCAGCACUUUUUGCAUGGGUUUUACUUCUCUCGAAUAGACUGGUGCUUCAGAGUUUGUUUUCUCCCAUGUUACAAUUGUACAGUGCACAAAUAUUGCUCCAAUGUGUACAUUCAAUUUUUUAUCCUUGUGGACUCGCAGAUGUUUCAUACAUGUAAGCUUAUAUUUGGUGUACUUUUUUUUUAGGGCUGAAAUGCUGUGACUUCAAAAAUGGUUAGUGUCAAUAUGAUCUGUCUUAAUUUGCUGACAGAUAAAGGGCACCGUACAUUAAUCUACUGGAUCCAUGGGGCUUUUCCAAAUCUGGGCUUCGUCUCUGGAUUCGCCUGAUUUUUUUUCCUAUUUUUUGACUUGGGAGUUUUUGGCUUAGUAAAGGCAUGUCUUGCUCGAGGCACACGUAACUGUUUACUCUCAA